AUGCCAAGUCAAGCCAAGCUAUGCCAUGCCAUGCCAAGCCAAGCCAAGCCAAGCCAUGUAUGCCAGGCUAGACCAAGUCAAGCCAAGCAAGACCAAGCCAAGCCAAGCCAAGCCAAGCCAAGCCAAGCCAAGCCAAACCAAACCAAGAAAGGCCAAGCUAAACCAAGCCAAACCAAAACCAGACUAGGCCAAGCCUGGCCAAGCAAGGCCAAGCCAGGCCAAGCCAAUCCAAGAUAA